AUGGAGAAUCUAUACAGCACUUUCAAAAGGUUAAAAGAUAGGAUAUCGCCAAAUAAACCUAAAGGUAGCGCGUCGGGUUCUGUAUUGGAGACCAGUCGGAAAAGAAAAAACUCUAGUAGUGAUGAUAACCCGUUCAAUGACAGAUCUAAGAAGAUAAACAGACACAGUAAUGAAUCAGCACAAGGGUUUUCUGUAACUAAGGACACAGUAAUUUCAGAGGAGAGCAAAUUGAUGUCGCCGUUUAUCAGGAAAGAGAAUUUAUCGAAGAGUCUUAAACCAGAUAACAAUUCUAAGAACAGUGCUAAACAAGUGCGAGAGACUAAAGUGUUGUCUGAAGUUAAUUUAAGACAUGGGGAAUACGUAAAAGAGGCCGAAAAGCAAGUGGUUGGAACUAAAGGUGAGACAACUAGUCAAAGUAAUGGGGAUGAAACGAGCGAGCCGGCAGAAGUGAAUACAGAAGAAGAUGAUGAAGAAGAGGAAGAUAAGGUACCCUUAGAAGUGUUGGAGGAAAUGAAUAAGUUGGAAGAAUGCUUUCCAAUUUUAUCGUCAAAUUACCGUUUGAUAGAUAAAAUUGGCGAAGGAACAUUUUCAACUGUCUAUAAAGCAGAAUCCUUGAACGGUACUAUUAAAUUGGGAUCGGAUAUUUGGAAAUCACCUCCUUUAAAAAGAAAUAGAAACAAAAUAAAACCAAUCAAAAGAAAAAAUCCCAUUGUUGCAUUGAAACAAAUAUAUGUAACGUCUUCACCAAAUAGAAUCUUUAAUGAGCUAAAUUUGCUAUACAUUUUGACUGGUAACUCUCACGUUGCUCCAUUAUUGGAUGUCUUAAGAUAUCAAGACCAAGUGCUUGCCAUUUUACCAUACUACCAGCAUGCCGAUUUCCGUGAUUUUUAUAGAGAUCUUCCUAUCAAGGGUAUAAAGAAGUACUUAUGGGAACUUUUCCAAGCAUUGGAUUUUGUUCACGAUAAGGAGGUCAUUCAUAGAGAUUUGAAGCCAACUAAUUUUCUUUAUGAUCCGUUUAAAGGACGAGGUGUGUUGGUUGAUUUUGGUUUAGCCGAAAAAAUGGAAACGAGUACUUCAUCAAAAAAUUCCAAUAUUUGUCCAUGCGUAACUAAAGAAAAACCAGCUGUUAGUAGGGCACACACUAAAAGAUUGAAUGUAAAAGCUGCUUAUCCAAAACAGGAUCAACGACCACCACGUAGAGCGAACAGAGCUGGUACUCGUGGAUUCAGAGCUCCAGAGGUUUUAUUCAAAUGCACAAACCAAUCGACCAAACUAGACAUCUGGUCAGCAGGUAUAAUUGGAUUCUCGCUUAUUAGUAGAAGGUUUCCGUUGUUCAAUUCUCCAGACGACACUGAUGCCCUAUUUGAGUUGGCAAUUAUGUUUGGAAUAGAUAAGCUUCAGAAAUGUGCAGAGCUUCACGGUUGUGGUUUGGAAAUAUCGUUAGUGAGAAAUUCAAAUAAGACAUACUCCAAUUUGAUUCAUGUAUUAUCCGAUUUUUUGAAUUUUGAGAAUAUGCUGGACGCGAUACCGAAAGAUAGUGUAAUCUAUGAUACACUUGCUGUCUUGAGUCAGAAAGGUGACUCGUUCGAGAAACCCCUGCUACAUAGUAACGAAUCUGAGGAAUCAUUCAUGAAGCGUAUGGAGAAUUAUAAUGAUCAUAAGCAUUUAUUGCAACUAUUAUAUGGAUGCUUUCAUAUGGAUCCGAGUAAAAGAUUGUCAUCUAAGGGAAUUUUAAAAUUGCCCUUUUUUAAUGAGUUAAUAAAUAGUAGUCAGGAUGACGAAGUAAUCCUCUGA